GGCUCCAAGCCCCACACAGGCCUUUCUUUCCUGCCUGUGGUAGCAUGGGGUCCUCGGCGUCUGAACCCCUAGCCCUAAAGGCUAGAAGAGAAGCAUUUUCCAGGCACCAGGGUCUCCUCCCCACCACUCCCAGGACCGUGGGGAGGGGGACGCUCGGCAGCAAGUCCCCGGCCCAAACCAGGCCCGCUGUUGGGAAACGUGGCGGAGGCGGAGAGUCUAGGAGAACCAGAAGACCAGACCGCUGGAUUGGAGUCCUUCGGCCGGGACUGAACGACUCAAGGACAUCCCGAAAGAGAAAGCCUGGAAACUGAGCUCUCGCCUGUGCUGGGACUCCUGAAGUGGCCGGAACAAAAUUCCUCCUUCUUUACCGCCCCAGCUUGUCUGGUUCCUUCCUCCUUCUCUCAAACCUGGCGGGUGAGAGGCGCAGCAGGACCCUAACCAUUUCUCAGCUCCAGCCUUCUCUCCCCAAGCCCAGUGAGAAAAACCUGAGUGGGCCUAGUGGAGAGGUGGUGUGUAUUUGGGGUCGGGAGGGGGGUCUCCUGAAGAGAAAAAAAAUCCACCAGAGUAUUCCAGAUUCUCCAAAUCCCCGCCAGCGCCUCCGCCUGCAGGAAGGGGGGCUUCUCCUGACAGAGGCGGAGAUUUCCUGGGGAGAAAGAGCAAGCAGGAAAGAGUAAGACUUGGGACUAGGAGAGGAGAGGAAGGGGCAGAAGGGCUGCAGAGACCUUGGCCAAAGGCUGCCAAUGUUGCCCAGGCAUCUGCUCUGCCAGCCCCCUCAGCUGGGUCCUCUCCAUGCCUCUGAAGAGCUAAGAAAUUGCUCUCCUGUGGGCCUUCUGGAUUCAGGUUCCUGGAAAGCCUGGAAAAGCACCAAAGGAAAGAUCUCUUUGCUUAGAUAAUAAUUGUGGAGGCUUGAAUUUUGCCUCUCCAUGCUCUCUAGUAGCAUCUAUUUUCUUUCUAAAAUAUCUGGCAUGAGUAGUGCAUGAGGAUCACACACAGGGAAAAGUCCUCCCACCCAUUUGUGUCCAGUUCUACAUACACACACAGGGACACAUUUGAAAACUGCCUUAUUGUCACUUUGGGGUCCCUGGCAUGAUGAGGUCUACCCAAGUCUAUCUACCAUCUUAUUUCCAGGUUCAUUCCAGAGAAUUUCCAGAACUCUCAGCCUCAUGACCUUCCUGUCUAGUUUUGCCCAUCCAGGACCCUUCCUCUUGGGAAUUCUGUCCACCUUUCCCAAGGAGUCUACUUUCCCAUAUUUAUAGGUACCUCCUCAGUAGUACUGGGGCCUUGGGGCCUUGGGGCCUUGGAGGCAAGGGACCUCGACCUUUGGUUUAGGAAACUUGAGAUAAGCCCCCUUGGUUCUCCAACCUAGGCAGGAACCAGCCACACUACCUGAAUUCCCCUUUCCUCAUCCAUUUUUAAAGUUUGGAAGGCCCUGGAGGAAAGGAGAAUGGGACUAUUUAUUAAAAAGGCACCUCUGUAUAUCUUAAAUGGGACCUUAUCUUUUCUCAAAUUUAAAUAGAAUUUAAAAGGCCAGCUCAGGGAUUUGUUGCAGCUACAACCAGCUUCUCCACAGGGUAGAAAAAUCCAGCUGCCAGAAGGCGACCAGAGCUUCAGGAUGCAAUUCUUCCAUGUAGACACCAGGUGUCGCUGUGGGCUCGUUGUCACGGCUACCCCCCAAUUCCAAGAACCUUUUUUUUCCCCUCUCCCCCUUCUCUCUCUUUCUCUCUCUCACUCCCUCUCCCCCUUGCUUGGGCUUUGCCAACAUAUCAAGAUGCGUUUCGCCGGCUUCCAUCACUAACCUCCCGGAGGUCAUCAAGCCAAAUUUAUGAGUGGCCGUUCGAGUCACGUGACUCUAUUUAAGGCUCCCUUAUUUGGGAAGAGCGCAUAGGAUAAAGAAAGAGAUAUCUCCACCUAUAAAUUGUGCACUUUGGAGAACAAAAAACCCCUCAACUUCAAAGAGUCACAAAUCACCCUUAAUCAAAAAGGGUGCAGAAAUUUUUUUUGGGCCCUCCCCGCCAUGAGCUCCUACGUAGCCAAUUCAUUCUAUAAGCAGAGCCCCAAUAUCCCUGCCUAUAACAUGCAAACUUGUGGGAACUAUGGAUCGGCCUCAGAGGUGCAGGCAUCCAGGUACUGCUACGGCGGAUUGGACUUAAGCAUCACUUUCCCACCGCCUGCGCCUUCCAACUCUCUCCACGGGGUAGACAUGGCUGCCAACCCCCGGGCUCACCCCGACCGCCCCGCCUGCAGCGCCGCGGCCGCUCCGGGACACGCUCUGGGCAGAGACGAAGCGGCUCCUCUGAACCCCGGGAUGUACAGUCAGAAGGCAGCUCGCCCGGCGCUGGAGGAGCGAGCUAAGAGCAGUGGGGAGAUCAAAGAGGAGCAGGCGCAGACAGGGCAACCCGCCGGACUGAGCCAGCCACCGGCCCCGCCACAGAUUUACCCGUGGAUGACCAAACUGCACAUGAGCCACGAGACGGACGGCAAGCGGUCCCGAACCAGUUACACGCGCUACCAGACUCUGGAACUCGAGAAAGAAUUCCACUUUAACCGCUACCUCACUCGCCGCAGGCGCAUAGAGAUCGCCAACAACUUGUGUCUCAACGAGAGACAGAUCAAGAUCUGGUUCCAGAACCGCAGGAUGAAGUGGAAGAAAGAUUCCAAAAUCAAAAGCAAAGAGGCUCUUUAGAGGCAGUGGGGAGGCCCGCAGAGAUCACCCCAGCCGGCUUGGGUUCCUCGCGCCUUUUCUUUCGAUUUUCUCUCUAUAUUUUUGGGUGGGUCAGGGGCUGGAGCACUGGCUCCCGGGCCUCACAGACAAGCGCUUUUUCCUUGGCAUUUCUGUAUCCCCACCAACCCAGGGUUCCUGCCAGGCUGCCGGCACUGCCCCAUCUCCCCUCAGCUCAGCUCAGCUCAGAGCUCAGCUUAGCUGGACAUUCAGGGCCCAGGGCAAACUCUGCAGGGCCUCCCCAGAGGGCUGCGGCACACCGCAGGCUGGUGCUGAACAAACCUCAGCCUGGGCGGCUUCUUCAGCUCUUUGCCCCAGAGUGGCCCGCCUGAGUUAAGGUGGGCCCGGCCACAGGACCCUCGACCCGACCUCCGGCCUUGAGCUUUCCUUUGUUCCUUGUUAGGCGGGCCAGGCGGCUGCAAGCUGGUGUGAGAGUGCUUAUGCCUGGCAGUCUCUUGCCAGAUUCGGGGCGAUUCCUUAUAGCGACUAAACUCGGUCUUCACUUAUUAAUGAUUUGCAUAUGAAAGGGGGAGAUGACUGAACAUGGCCUUAGGGUCCUCUUGGUUGCCCUAUCCCCCUCCAAACCUUUUCCCGAAAAAAAAAAAAAAAAGACUGGGAGCCUACCCAAUCCGAGCCUGCUGCAUGCCCUCUCAGGUCCACAGCCCCAACCCCCUAGCUAGCUCAGCUAUUGGGGUUUCCUGCCACAGGACCCCAGCAAGUGAUCCUAGAGGCUCCAUGCCAUCCCACAGUUCGUGCCAUGAUUUUCUUUCCCUCCUGCUCCAUCGCUCUUGCUCAACUAUUUAUUGACUCCGGGGUUCUUCCUGAAGCUAUAUUUUGUCAUAUCAAAUAAAGACCAAGAGAGAACAGGACUAAA